AAGCCGGGUGAGAGGUUGUGUUCGGAAAAUACCCGAGGGUUUCUGGAGGAUGCUUUGCAUAUAAAUUCGGCCAUCAUCUCAGUGAAGAAAAGUUAUUCUUCAGAGCUGCAAUUUAUGUGCUUGAGAAUAUGGCUUUUCGAGGCAAAAUUGACAACAUGGCUCCUGUAUUUUCUUCCAAAGGAGAAAAAAGAAAGGAACAGUUCAAUAAUAUGAUGGCGAAAAGGUUCGGUUCAAAUGGCAGAGAUGUGGCGGCUGAGCUGCGCACUAUUGCGGACGCCUUGGAAGAGACUCUCGAGUUCCAGCGUUUGAUGGGCAAAAUAUUGAGAACAGAAGAUCCGGAGGAUCGACUCCUUUCGCAACUAGCGGAUCUUAAUUCCAAGGGCGAUAAGGUAAAUGGCGCGCUUAACGACCACACACCCCGGCUACCAACGCCAUCUCAAGAGAGGUCUAUGUCUAGAGAUUCCCUACGUCGUACCAAUCGGUCGGUAAACCUCAACGGAACGCAUGAUGGGCAAUCAGAUCCUAGAUCAUAUGGAAGAAGUGCUGCGGAACGGCUACCACUAAAUAGACACUUCUCUGAAAACGAUGUUCCUCAAGAAAUUGUGCGCCCAAGCUCCACGCAACCAGGUCGCUCAAUGACGCCGCAACCCGCUAGGGCAGCAACCUUUCCCUCUAUUAGAUCAAUGACGCCACAACCAGCCCCCACGAGUAUUCAUUUCCCCUAUCGUUCAGAAGUUCGGCAACAUAGCCAGCCACCGUAUGCUCGUUCUUCUGGCUAUACAUCUAUCAUCGCUCGUGGUGUUCCAGAUAGACAUCGCAGUCGACCGCCACCCUCUCAGCGCUUAUACGAAGUACCUGAUCCCCCACAAUCAUACGGUUUCGAUGUACCUCCGCAAGUCGACCCGAAUCCAUAUUACCGACCCCAAAUCACGUCCCCUGCUGAACGUGCUUCCCGAAGGGAUCGUUUUCCCCGAAUGUCCGAAGAACGUAGGGGGAGAAGAAUGGAGCCUACUGUAAGACCAAAAGAUCACGAGACAAUAUAUCAGGUUGAUUCGAAUAUCAUUGAGCGAGAGUAUGAUCCCGAGAAAGACGAAGAUGCUGAAUCUAUCGGAUCCUUGGAUCAUGUCCAGUCGUUCGCAUCACCUCAAACAAUCAAACUUCAAAACAGAGUAACUUGGAAUGGAUCAUUCAGAUGACAAGGACCAGAGAUUUGCAAGAAGACUUCUUCAGAAGUCACCCGUUGAAACUUCAUCAUCAACUCUACACUGGUUGGAAAGUGAAGCACCUACACUUUGUUCUGGGUGCCGUUGUCUCUCCCCUCUACAUGGGCCUUUCACUCGCUUUCCUCUUCGUGGCGACUAAACCUGAUACACGACUCAUAGCAAAGAAUGGUACUCUGAUAUAUAAUCAGGGCCACGCCAACUAUUUUGACUUUCUAUCCACAAUUGCAGGAGGGAAAUAUCAAAAAUCAAAUGUUCAAAGGCUAGGCAAAGUGUAGAUAUAGCCACUAGUUCUAUAACUGAAGCCUUCGAACCACCAUAAAUGGAUUUGAUAGAGCUGAUGGGUGGAUCAAGUGUCUUUGGAUUGUCAUUGUACAAAUAAGAAUGUGUAGAUUUCCUGAGGUCUUGAGAAGAGCAGUUGUAGUUGAGUUUGGUUCUGAAGGCAUCUUCGGGCCGACAAUCACCCGAAAGUCCGUGCAGGAGAGUGUUCUUGGCUAUUAUUUCUUAGAGAAGUAGUUCCUUCAAGGAGCUCAUCAGAUUAUACAACACAAUGUAGUUAAUUUCUUUAUCUUUGGAAUAUGUUAAGUUUCUUAGACAGCAAAUCACUAGUGAAGUCUAU